CGGGCGCGGGCUGGGCCUAGAGGAGGUGUGGGCCGCUGGAUCCCGCCUUACCUGGUCCCGAUCGGAGAGGGGCCGGGGGUCGGCAUGACUGGGGCUCCGGGAGAGCGUGCCCAGGGCCCCGAGGCGGGCGAGCAGCAGCCCCACGUCCCGUGCCAAGUGUUCCCCGAGCGGCAGGCUCAGGGGAACCCGAAGCCCAGGUUCCUCUCCAGCUUCUUCACCAACCACCAGAAGUGUCAGCUCAUGCUUCUGAAAACGCUGCAGACAAAUCCUUAUGUCAAACUUCUCCUUGAUGCUAUGAAGCACUCUGGUUGUGAUGUUAAAAGAGAAAGACACUUUUCUUGUGAAGAUUGUAAUGGAAAUGUCAGUGGAGGUUUUGAUGCUUCAACAUCUCAGAUUGUUUUGUGCCAGAAUAAUAUUGGUAAUCAGGCUCAUAUGAACAGAGUGGUGACCCAUGAACUCAUUCAUGCCUUUGACCACUGUCGUGCUUAUGUCGACUGGUUUACCAAUGUCAGACAUUUGGCCUGCUCAGAGGUUCGAGCUGCUAACCUUAGUGGAGACUGUUCACUUAUUAAUGAAGUAUUCAGAUUACAUUUUGGAUUAAAACAACACCAUCAGGCUUGUGUUCGAGACAGAGCUAUUCUUUCUAUUUUGGCUGUUAGGAAUGUAAGCAAAGAAGUAGCUCAAAAGGCUGUUGAUGAAGUGUUUGAAUCUUGUUUCAAUGACCACGAACCUUUUGGAAGGAUCCCACAUAACAAGACUUAUGCAAGAUAUGCUCAUAGAGAUUUUCAAAACCGUGACCGAUAUUAUUCAAAUAUAUGAAGAUAGUGAUAUUUGAAUUACAGAAAUUCAAUGAUCAUGAAGAAAAUCAAUUCUAAAGCAGCCAAAAGUAUAAAACGUGAAAUAUUAUAGUUGGAACGGAAGAUACUGAUUUUUAGCAUCAGAAAAGGUAACUGGUAAGAGAAAAUGAACCUGCCUUAAACUGCAAGGCAAAAAUGUAUCUUUGUAGGUAACUCUGGUAUAUUAGGCA